CCACAAGUAACCAAAUUAACAGCAUUAUUGGCUGUCUGUCUAUGGAGUAGGGAACGAACCAUGGAGAGAAGCCAUCAAAAUCGUCAGGGACGUGGUAACCAUUCUUCUUUCCCUUCCUCUUCUCAAUCAACAAGGAUCAGAAACACCAAAGUUUCAAACUUUAAUGAAUCCAGCAGUGGCACUAAUUAUGCUACUAACAAUAGAAGUAAUGCCCAUGAUGAUCCCCAAUGGAAACCCAGAAGAGGAAACACGAGUAGCAGCAAUACCCAAAAAGCAAAAAUCAAAACAGAAGAAGAUAAGGAAGCGGAUUCUUUAGAGUUUCCAAGACUAAUUGGAACUUGCCCUUUUAUGUGCCCAGAGAGUGAAAGGUACCAACGAGAGCGACUGCAAGAUUUAGCUGUGUUUGAGAGGCUCAAUGGAAAUCCCAGGAAAUCAUCUCCAGCCUUAGCAGUCAAAAAGUUUUGCAGAACUAUAUCCGCCAAGCACAUGCAAGCAUCUGAUGUGCGGCCACUUCCAGUAUUAGAAGACACUUUGGCCUAUCUCUUAAAUUUGCUGGAUUCAACAGACCAUCCUUUUGAAGUGGUUCAUGACUUCAUUUUUGAUAGGACAAGGUCUAUAAGACAAGAUCUAAGCAUGCAGAAUAUUGUUGAUGAUAAAUCAAUCUACAUGUAUGAGGAAAUGGUUAAAUUUCAUGUUAUAUCUCACCUCAAGCUUCAACGUUGUCAUAGCAGUUCAAAUAUUUCUUCAGUGCAUUACCUCAACAUGGAGCAGCUUACAAAGGCUCUGAUGUCUCUAUAUAAUCUGUAUGAUGCAAAUCGAGAUUCUGGUACUGUUUACAGAAAUGAGGCUGAGUUUCGUUCACUUUACGUGCUCCUUCAUCUUGAUUCUAACACCCAACCCAUGGGGGAGUCACUUUCUUUGUGGUUUUGUUUUGUGCUUCAUCCAAUUAUACGGUCAAAAGAAAUGUGUUUUGCCCGGAGUGUUCUAAGGUUUUAUCAGAUGGGCAACUAUAUGCGUUUCUUUUCUACCAUAUCUGCCGAGGCAUCUUAUCUGCAGUAUUGUAUUCUUGAACCUUACAUCAACAAGGUUCGAGCAUUGUCCCUGUCAUAUAUAAAUAAUGCCGGCUACAAGCUUCAUCCAUAUCCUCUGGUACACCUAUCUAAGCUCUUGAAGAUGAAGGAAUCAGAUUUGGAGGUAUUGUGCAAUGCUUGUGGCCUGGAGACCUGUUCAGAUGAUAUGGGAAAUAAGUUGCUACCCACUAAGCAAACGACUUUCUGUUGUCCCAAGGAAGGGUUUCAGAGCUACAUCUUCACGGGUUUGGAACAGUUCGAGAGCUGACUGACGGUAUCUAUUCCUUGUGGGGAUUUAGCUUGCAUAGACUGUCUGCAUUCUGCAUUUAACCUGUUGUAAAUUGUAUUUGCUGUAAGUUCUUCAAUAAAGGGAUGAUUGCAUGUGGCAACUUCUUAAAGGAGUGUAUUCAAGACCAUUACAAAGGUCAAUUAACUAAGAAAAAUGAUAACUGAAUACAUCGAAGCAUAUCUGC